GCAAGGUUCCUUGCCGAUCUUCAUAUGGAACACGAACAGGCCUAUAUUAUGUCUGACAUGUCGCAAACUCUUUCCUCUUUGGGACACUCCACAAUAUGGGGAUUACAAAAUGUUACAACACAAUAAAAGCAUAAAAAUCCUUGAAUUAAAUAUCAUUGCCUGUUCUUCCUGCAAACACUUCUCGUCUCAACCGUCCCGUCGUCCUCGUCUCGGCACCCGUACUGAAUACUUCAAACAUGAAUCUCCCUCCAACGGUGCCAUUUGCGCUUCUAGGCACCACAUUCGCCUUCGCGGUCGUCGAACUAGGUCUCACCGGUUACAUAGUCUCAUUGUUCACCCAGGGCUACACGGGAUAUCUCUAUGACCCCUGGACGAACGGAUACACAUCCCAGACAGUGAGAAUAGUGGUUUCACCAAUCCUCGCGUUCAUUCUAUUCAACUCAAUAUGGACAAUGUUAGUUUCGGUUGCGACCGCGGUCAUACCAUGGGUCUUCCGGAGUAAAGCAACUGUGGGCACUGGUCUCAACAAAUUGAUCACCAUCGGAUUGCUCGGACUUUACUUCGUGACCAUGGUCUUCUGGUUAGCUUCUUUUGCUACUGUGGCCGCGCGGUUAUCGUAUGGGGCUGGCGAGUCGGAUUACGUGAAUGUGAUCAUCGCUUUUGCCGUUUUGAUCUGGCUUCUCUUCUGCACCUUGACCAUCGUUGUCGUUCUCGGCAUCUGCGGAGUCUUCCAAUGCGAUCUUCCGGGCUAUAGGCCUCUUGGAAAGCAGGACUCCCCUGCACCGGCACCGCAGAACACUCAAAUGGAUGAAGUGGCUACUUAGAUCAGCCCGGAGCUGUGCCGAGCGUGACUGGACCAGUCGAUACCCUUGUUUUGUUUUCCCAGUCACUGCGGCGCCAGGUCUUGUAUUAUUUUGGGCCGUCCAGAUGCCGGCGAUGAUGGGAAUAUUUAUUGGUAAUUUUGUUUUGACUUCGCCUCCUCAAACUUUUAUUACUCUUCUUGUCUGUACUGUGUUCCAUUCAGCUACCAUGGUCAAUAUGUAUUUCUAUCGAGUCCGAAUAUUGGAUACUAUCAAGGAUCACCUCAUACAGAGAAGCUUUGGGUGUAUUGAAUUGG